AUGAAAAUUCUUGUCGAAUAUUUGGAAUCUUUAGAGUGCUAUGAAACCCUCAGAAAAUCGGAUAUUCUGAUCAAUGCUGACUCUAAUGGGGUAUCCAAUCUGUUACUCAGCUGUUUCGCACAAGUUAACAGCAAACAUUGCGUACCUCCUGAAAUUGAAAUAUCUUCUACUUUCAGCUCAUCGUAUCACUGUGAAACUAUAGAAACAUGCAUUCUCUACCUUUUGCACAAGAAUUUUACGAAUAAUAUACUGACUUAUGGUUACCAGCUGGGAAAGAAUUCAGAUGUCAUGACCAAACUGUUUUGCCGUUCAUCGAACAUAAGCGUAAGUGUAUUGAAAUGUAAUAGCUGGAGAUUGUUCCAUCAGCUGGUUGGCACUGACAAUUUUGUGAAUUUGUUAAUCAACUAUUCCGUAUAUUUCAACACCGGCCAUUACUUCAGGCAGAUAAUUGGAACCCCCGCUAACGCGCCUCAGGUGCCACCUGCAUGGCUAGAUCGGUCGUAUAGGAGGGAAAGAAAUACUAAGCUAACGAUAGAUUGGAACUCUGCUCUAUAUCAUAAGAUAAGACCGCAAGAUUACAAGAAUAUCAUUGAGACUGAUCAGGGGCUGUUAAUAGCUGAGAUUUUUCCGAAAAUAUCAGAGAGCAGUAAGACACCUCGUUCUCUAAACUUUGCAUUGAAUAAUCUAAAACCCAUUUUAUAUGAGCUCAUUCGAGCUCACGAGAGGUUUUCAUAUAGACACAUCAUCAAUAAUAUAUGCCCCAAAUCAGAUACUUUCUAUUCAUCACCCAAAAGUGUCAUCAAACUGCUCAUUGUAUGUGUUAGAAAAACGUUCCCAUUGGACCUGUUAGGAUCAAAUUCAAACUAUAGCGUUCUAUCAAAAGCGAUUGCAAUACUUGUCAAAAAACCGCUCCAUUCAAAGAUACUAUUUGAUGAAUUAUGUAAAGGAUUGCGUGUGAAAGAUGUCAAAUGGCUAGAAACAAGGCGGCUUCCAGCUGGUGAACAAACUCAAAAGAUUCCAUAUUAUGAUGUGAAAAAUCGACAAGCGCUUCUUUAUAAACUGUUUUUUUGGAUCCUUUCCUGUUACGUCCCAAAAUUACUAUCUACAUUUUUCUAUGUGACAGAACUAUCGUCGACUGUCGAUAUAGUUUAUAUUCGUCAUGAUACUUGGAAAACCAUGUCACAACCUUUUUUGAAAUCUUACUUUAGGAGGUAUUUGCUUGAGAAUAAAUAUUGUUUCCAGCACAGAUCUUUCACAGAAUCCAAGUUCAAUCACAGAAAUCUUCGUUUAAUACCAAAAAAAUCAGGCCUCGAUUUCAGAAUAAUAGCGGUGCCGUGUAAAGGAGUCAAUAUACAAGAGUUUAACGAGUUUAAUGAUUACGUUACGAACGCUCUGAAGCCCACCAAGAUUAUACUGGAAAGAUUGAGGAUGAGACGAAAUACCAAGUUUACAAAAGCAUUCUCUCCUUUGGAAAUACCCAAGAUUGUAUUAAGUUAUAAGCAAAGGCUACUUUUAAAACAUGGUAAAAUACCGAAUCUCUAUCUUUUAAAGUUUGACAUUCAAUCCUGCUAUGAUUCAAUUCCGGUUCAGAAAGUAAUGAAAUUGGUAGAGGCUCGGAUAUGUGAAGAGCAGCAGUUUUUUAUUAGAUCUCAAGAUAUACUGACAACUGCUUCCACUCGUCUGAAAAGGCUUCAUGCUGUAAAUGGAGACAUACAAUUCCAGGAAAAUGAUUUAGUAAUUGAUUCAGUCAAAACUACUGUCUUAUCAAAAGAAGACGUUUUAACAGUAGUUAAAAUGGAACUCUUCAAAACCAGUAUCUUUUACAGAGGCAAGUGUUACUUAAGAAAAGAUGGACUCUUUCAAGGAACUCCCUUAUCUUCCGUUCUUGUUGAUAUAUUGUAUGACGACCUACUUGAAUUCUACACCGAGUUUACUGAUGAAAAUGAUUCAGAUCCGAUGAUAAUACGGCUGGUGGAUGAUUUUCUAAUAGUUUCAACUUCCAAGAAAUACAUCGAGCGGCUUAAUAAUCUGGCUCAAACAGGAUUCAAAUCUUUCAAUACUUAUAUAAACCCACAAAAAGUCUUGGUUACUUCAUCAGAAUCUGAAACAUCAACAAAUGUACCUUUUUGUGCACUGCAGUUAAAUCUAAGAACCCUAGAAGUUUGGAAAGACCGCUCAUCGUAUAAUGUCCUAGGAACAGUUUUGGGAUCAUCUAAGCAACUGUAUAAUAAAUUACUCUGGAUCUUUGAGAUGAGACUAUCUUAUAAUAUGCUGGACGAGCGCUUAAAUUCUUGGGAAACGGCUGCAAGGUUCCUGAGAGAAGUUGCGUUAAAUGUAAUUCAAUCGUUCAUUGUCCUUUUUAAUAGGAAGAAAAGCAGCAGAAGAUCUUUCAAACAAUUUGUUUUCAACAUUUUUCAGCGAAUUGAUCUUAACCUCUCUUCAGCUAAUAUGUUCUCGAUGGAAAAGUCCGUCGCGUCAAAAGAACUGGUGUUGUCAGUUUUCCUUGAACAAUUAAAAUUAAGGAAGAACGCAUUUGCAGACAUUUUGACAAAUGUCAGCGAUUUGAAACUAUUAAUAGAGUUUUAA